AUUCGCUGAUAUCAUAAAUGCGCCGUUGGUCUCAUUCUGAAAUCUCAACUUGAGUCACUCACUGCGAAGAAAUAUCAAAUGAAAAAAUAUCAGUUGCAGUGCUGAGAGUCUCAUCAAAUUCAAAAAUGGUUUCUACGGAGAACGAUUCACACGCCAAUGCAAACAAAACUCAGCGCCGCGUCGGAAGGUCCAUGCGAACCGUACGCACCAAUUUAUCGCAACCCGACCACGCCACGUGCGUCUCCGACAACUUAACCGAUUCACUCAUCGAACUUGCCUCGCGAAACAACAACUCCGUUAAAUCUUCCGUUAUUGAGGAACAACUCCUUCAACUUUCUCACGCUUUCAGUGAUUUCUCCGCUUGUAGCAGCGACAUAUCCGGGGAGCUUCAGAGGCUCGCCACUGUCUCAUCUUCCGAACCUCCUGCUCACGUGGACAACGAACCUCAGCCCGAGCCCGAACCUUGCCUAGGGUUCCUGCAAAGGGAGAAUUUCUCCACCGAGAUUCUCGACAGUAUUUCGCCGGAGGAUCUUCAGCCGACGGUGAAGAUCUGCGUCGACGGCCUGCAGUCGCCGUCGGUCGCCGUGAAACGAUCGGCGGCGGCGAAGCUGAGGCUGUUGGCGAAGAACAGAGCGGAUAACCGUGCUAUGAUCGGCGAGUGCGGUGCGGUGCCUGCUUUGGUUCCGCUGCUCCGGUGCAGUGACCCGUGGACGCAGGAACAUGCCGUAACGGCAUUGCUUAAUCUGUCUCUUCUGGAAGAUAACAAGGUACUGAUAACGAGUGCGGGUGGUGUGAAGUCUUUGAUAUAUGUGCUUAAGACGGGGACAGAGACUUCGAAGCAGAAUGCGGCUUGUGCGCUUCUGAGCCUGGCUUUGGUGGAAGAAAACAAGUGUUCCAUCGGUGCUUGCGGGGCGAUUCCGCCGCUGGUUUCGUUGCUGUUGAGUGGUUCGAACAGAGGGAAGAAGGAUGCAUUGACGACGCUGUAUAAGCUGUGUUCGGUGAGGCAGAACAAGGAGAGGGCGGUAAGCGCUGGAGCGGUGAAGCCGCUGGUGGAGCUGGUGGCGGAGGAAGGUAGCGGCAUGGCGGAUAAGGCGAUGGUGGUGCUGAAUAGCUUGGCGGGGAUUGAGGAAGGGAAGGAUGCGAUUGUGGAACAAGGUGGAAUUGCUGCGCUUGUGGAAGCCAUUGAAGAUGGGUCGGUGAAGGGAAAGGAGUUUGCUGUUUUGACUCUUGUUCAGCUGUGUUCUGACAGUGUUAGGAACAGAGGAUUGCUUGUGAGGGAGGGUGGGAUUCCUCCUCUUGUUGCUCUUUCUCAGACUGGGACUGUUCGUGCUAAGGACAAGGCGGAGACACUCCUUGGAUAUUUGAGAGAAUCAAGACAAGAAGCGUGCUGUUCAAGUCCUUAGAGAAGAGAACUAUUUAAUACAUAGGUAAUUAUAUUAUGUAAUUUGUUGUUGUACAUAUAGUGUUUAUUUGAUUUGUAAUUUUGUACAGUUUGUAUUUUUUGAAUUAGAAGCUAGCCUGACAUUCAAAUGAUAUAAGCUGGGUUUGUUGAUUUUGCUUCCUCUUCUUCAAUUUGUUAUGUUUUCAGGAUUUACAUGGUUAUCUUGGUUUUAGUUUAUUGUUUUUAAAAUCUUUUGUUUUGUUUUUGUUUUGAAAACAAAAGGUUAGCUGUUUUUUAUGCCCUCCUUUAGUUGAAGUGUAAACCCCUGAUUGAAAUAUGUUAGGAUUCAUAAUUUUUUAUUAUGGUCAAAAUGGAGCUCUAAUUUGGUUAGUUUAAUACUACUAGUAGUACUAAAUAUAUCGCAUAGGCCAUUAACAAUCACCUUCAUCUGUUUCCUCUGAAUUUCCCUUCGGAGUCAUUUGCACCGGCUAUCCGGGAUUUAACAUUCAACCAAGGUGACGUUUGACAUAAAUUUUUCACACAGUGGAGUUCUUGAUUUCUUGCUUGCUUACCAGCAUCUCUAAAAGUGGAUAUUCUAUCUUUUCUUUCUAAGAUUGAUAUGUUGUUGGCUGGAAUGAAGUUUCGGAAAUAAAAUUUCUUCUUGCCAAGAUUAACUUAAGCGGGUAAGUCCCCAGAUGCAUGUUUUGUGCAAAUUUACAAGACCUAGGCUGUGCUAGGAUGGAUUUUUGGGAAUCUAAGGACGCUAUUAAAGUGGUGGUAUUUUACCAUUGGGAAUUAUGUGUAGGGACCAAGUUGGAGGUCAUGUUCAAAGAAUUUAUCAGAUGCAAUAGAAAAUCGUGAGAUUUAAAAAAAAAUUGACCU